AUGUAUUUCACCAAGGCAUUCGGUCUCCUUGCUGCCUUUGGCACUCUUGCCUCUGCUGCUCCUACUUCUAUGAACAGCACCAACAGCACCAACAGCACCUCCACCCAGGGCACUGCCAACACCAGCGGUGGCAGCGGUGGCAGCGUCAACAUCCACAACAACAUGCAAGACACCAUCUACUACUGGUCCGUCAGCCAGGAUGCCGGCUCCAUGAAGACUCUCGACCCUGGUGCUAGCUACACUGAGAGCUGGCGCACCAACCCCGACGGCGGCGGUAUCUCCAUCAAGAUGGCCAUGAAGCCUGAGCAGGUCGAUGUCCUCCAAUACGAGUACACCUUGCAGGGCGACACUAUCUUCUGGGAUCUUUCUCUCAUCGACAUGGGCACCAACUCUCAGUUCACCAAGGUCGGCUUUGCUGUCACUUCCAACGACGGCGGAUGCCCCUCUGCUACCUGCGCUCCUGGCGACACUGCCUGCGCCGAUGCUUACCUUGUCUGGAACGAUGACCAUGCUACCCACGGCUGCCCUUCUGGUACCCAGAUGAACCUAAACAUUGGACCUUCAUCCUAA